AGGUUGUUCCUUUUGAUUUUCCUAAAAUAUUGGGCUCUGGUUUCAAAAAUGCAGAUUUCUUUGUUCGCAUCAUGAUGGCUGACAGAGGUGUAAGACUGAGAAAAAUGUUGUAAGUUACUCAAUCCAUGUGCCAGGACCAUUACACUUUCAAUUAUUAUCACUAGUAAAUAACAAGACAUAUGCUGGGCUUGACUAAAUACAAAAAACAAAAUACAUAUGUGUUUUGAUAUUGCCUUCUUGAUAUAUUUUUAAAAGUUUUUUUUUUUUAUAUGUUUGUUUAGUAGUGCUUUAUCAUGACGGUAAUUUUUUUAGUUUGUUAAAUUCUUUAUGUUGUUACUUCUAUUUUUUAUUUUAAAUUAACCAAAAGGAAAAAUGAUGAACUAGCCCUGCCAUUGAGACUUCUGUUAAAGCUGGGGACAUUGCCAGUUUGGCUAGUGAAAGCUCUUGCAUUCAUUGCAAGUUUUAAGGUCGGUUCUUUAAUAAAGAAACUUUAUUUGGUUUCUGGAAGUAUAGAACUAUACUGGCAUCAGAUAAAAAAAACAAAGUGAAGACAAACAUUUAGAUGUGACUAACAUAUUGAUAACCCACAGCUCCUAGAGUCAGUAUAAAAAUCAUAAGUCGUUCACUCUUUAGAUCUAGUUUUAUUCAAUUCAUUAAUUUUUUUUUUUUUUUUUUUUUUUUUUUUUUAUUUUUUUUUUUUUUUAAUUUUUUUAAUUUUUUUAUUUUUUUUUUUUUUUUUUUUUUUUUUUUUUUUUUUUUUUUUUUUUUUUUUUUUUUUUUUUUUACUAAUUUAUUUUUUUUUUUAAAUUUCCUAAAUAUUUUCAGGAUCCUUUUGGUGCAUCUAUUCUCGGCUGCAGUGUUGGAUUUGAGUAAGUAUGGUUUUAUAUUGUAUGACCGACGAUUUAAGAAAUUAUUGUAUAUUGUAUUACAUAUGUUUCAAAGAGAAUAUAUUUUUUAUAACUUGUGUUAUCUUAGUAAUUUGAAGUUAUUUUAUAUUUUUAUUCUUUGCAGCUCCAUUCCCGAUUUCUUUGAUCAUGUUACAUUAUUUCAGGUAAGUUAAAGAUCACUAUUAUAUCACAUUUGAAGAUGCAAAUUUUUUUCAAAAACUUUAUUUUCACCUUAAAAUCAUUUUAUCAUAUAUAAUCACUGACUAUUUUAUGAUCAUUACCAUUAUGUCAGCCCUGUAUCCUAUGGUAACUUUAUUUUUGGGGGAUGGAGGUAAAUCCUCAACCACCAAAGGUAGAGACAGUAGUCAUCUUGGUCUGAGCUAAAAAAAAAAUCAUGUAUCUAAAAAUAGCUUCCAUAAUACUAUUUCAAAAUAAAUCCAGAAUGUAAUAUGCAAUUUUUUAAAAUGAUCUCACACAUAUUUAAUACAACUUUAUCAUCUUUUUAUCACUUCCCAGCAUAUUUAUCACUGACUUUUUUCAUCACUUACCAUCUAAUUAUCACUUACUAUCUAAUUAUCACUAUCUAACUUACACUUACUAUGUUUCUUAUCAUAAAUCAUCAUGGUAAAAGAGUUCAGUAUAUUUAAAACAAAAAUAAUUCUUCCUAAAAAAUAUAUUUGGAAAACUGACCAAAAUUUAAAUACUUCAAUACAUAUUUUUAUGAAUUUCUUGUCAUGAAGUUUAUGUUCACUUGUUUCACCCUCUGUGUCCGAUUUUUUCCUUUAAGUUAUUAUUUUUUUUUUCCUCUUCAUUUCCAAAUGUAUUUAUUUUACACUCCAUUAAUAAGAAUUGGCAAGAAGAGUUUAUGGAAGCGUGGCUUGGAAAACGUCUUGAUGCUGUCAUUUGUCCAGUGUUCCCCAGCCCAGCACCGACCAGAGAUGUCAUUCACCAAGUUACACGUAUGUAACUCACAUUUAGUUAAUGUAGCUAUGGCAAUAACAGGAACACAUGUCCUAGAACUAGAAUAUUAAAUUUGACAACUAGAAGAGUGUCCCAGCAAAACACAUUUGGAUUAGAAAGACACAUGUUGAGUAUUAGAAAGACACGUUGAGGAUUAGAAAAGCACAUGUUGAGGAUUAGAAAGACACAUCCUUCAUUCACUUUCAGGUAUAAUAUGUAACCUAUUUUGCCAACAGCCUGUGGUUUGUAUUGCCAGCUGUACAAUUCCCUCAACUACCCUGCUGGUGUCAUCCCAGUCACCACAGUUAAUAAGGAGGAUCUAAGAAAGACUUUUGAUGAGAAUUUCUUCACCGCCAACUCUAUGAUUCACAAGCUCUUACUGAAGGCAUGUCAAAUUUUGUUUUGAUUCAAUGUGUAGGAUGUGAAGAGCAAUAAUUAUUUCCAGUUUUGUAAACAAAUGUAUCAUGGUGUAAAUGCAGCUCUAAGAGUAAAAUUAAACAACCCUUAAAAACAAAGGUUUUUCAAAUAAACCUUUUGUGAAUUGUAAUAUCAAGCCAUGGGGUGUGGGGCUGAACAUUUGACAAAACAUGCAUUCAAGUAAAGCACUUAUAAGGAUCCAGAUUAGUCCUGCAACCGCACAUUUUUUUCAUGCCCUGAACUAUAGUAAUAUUCUAAUGACCCACCCGCUUUUACACAGCAGAUUAAUUUCACCAACUAUUUCCGAAAAAACAAAAGAAAAUAUUACGCACCUUGCAAUAUUUUUUAAAAGAAUCUCAAUUAGUGCAGUUACCUGAAAUUUAAUUUUAUCUCCCCUUUGAAAAACCAGAAAAACUGAAUUUUGGUGGGUGGGGUUAAAAAUUUGAUAGAAUGUGUUGUCAUAAGCAACGAGUCUUUGUGUCAAGUUUCAGCUGUAGCUUGAUAGGAAGUGGGCCAAUUGGCCAUCUGAAGAUUUUGCCACCCAGCCUGCCUGCCAGCCAGCCACCCACAAACAAAAGCGAAGUUAAUAUAAAGGAUUUAAAAACAAUAUUUUCCUGAAAUCUUUUGAUAGCUUUAGUUUUCUUUUAAAUGUUGGUUGGAUGUUAAUUCCUCACAUUACAAAUAUUAAUGAAUGCUAGGUCGAACUUUAAUUCAGUCAGAUUGAAUUUUUUGUCUUUGCAUUUCCUGUUUCAGAGCACAAAAAGUUCUGAAGGGAUUUCUGUAGGAGUUCAAUGUGUUGCCCUACCAUUUCAAGAGGAGAUGUGUCUCAGAGUCAUGAGAGAUUUAAACAAAAGUCUCCAAGAACAUAGAGAUUAUAUUGGAUAACAAGAACAUUGAUUAUAUGGGAUACAAAGAAUAUAGAAAUCAUAUUAGACACAGACAUAAAUAUAAAUAUACAUAAGAAUGAGCUUAGGUAUUCAUAUAACGCUUUAAAAAACUGACUCAAUUUAAAUACAUUCAGAGUUUUAAAAGCAAUGAUAGGGAUUUUAUUUUACGGAAAUGGAAUAAAUUUAAAUAUGCUAAAAAUAAAAUAUAUCUGCUCAUAUUUAAGAACAAC